GAUCUGUAAGCGCACGUCAUGACAGGCCGAGGUGGAAGAGAAGUUGAUUUUUGUAGUUGUAAGUUGGAGGAAGAGCACGGAGCGUCCCAUGUGGAUCCGAGGGGAUUAAAAAAGGAAAAGAAAAAGAAAUAAGAAUCGGGGUGAAAAGGUACUAAACACAGAACCAGGCUAUGUUUAAAUGGCACAGCAAGAGGAACCUCUGUAUGACUUCCCAGAACCCACCCAGCCCUUAGAUCGCAAGUUUCAGGGGCAUCAAAGGGGACAGGGCUCCUUAAGAAGUAUCAGCAUACUGGACCGUCUUUUGCUUACAGUUCCUGUCUGGCUUCAGCUAUCAAUCAACCCUGCCACUGCACUGCACAUUCUGCAGAGGGAACCUCCAGGGACAUUUCUGGUGAGAAAGUCCCGCACAUCCCAAAGGAAUGUUCUUUGUGUCCGUGUGGCAGAUGACACUGUACCAUCCUUUGUUCAGCAAUUUGGCAUCAGGAAGGAACAGUCCACUUUGAAUCUGGAGACAUCAGCCAUCAGCUUCCCAGAUCUCCCAAGAUUAAUUUCUUUUUACUGUGUCAGCAGAGAUGUGUUACCUUUCCCCCUGGAGCUUCCUGAGGCCAUCGCAAAGGCAACAUCGCACAAGGAGCUCGAGUCCAUCUCACAUAUGGGAAUAGAAUUCUGGAGUUCCCAACUAAAUGUCCGUGGGCCACGGGGGACCCCAAAGCCAAGGACAGAUGAGGAAAAGAAACCAGGUGCUGCUCCACAGACAGACUCUGCUGCUCAGGCUGAUUCUGCGCCCCAUCCUGAUUCGAAUAAACAGAUCAACAAAGCACUGAAACCAGACACUUUCCUAAAUCCAACUUUGUUCCAUGAGUUUUGUCCAAUAACGACACGCAGCCCCAAAGAGCUAGAUUGUGGCUCAGGCUUAGGUGCUCUCUGUUUCAUCAACCCCCUUUUCUUGCAGUCACAGAACACCUUGUCAAGACGCCGAAUGUUCAAACACAGCCUCAAGAUUCGGGUUUCCACUGAGACCUCAACUCUGCUGUCACCUCCACUCGCUCCACCGCCUCCUCCACCUAUUAUGCCAAAAACCAAAGGCAGAUGUAAAGCCCAGAAAGGGAGACAGGGAGGUGAUCAACCAACUAAAGGUCCAUUUCAGGGAGCUCAAGCCCAUCAAACUGCAGACGAUACCAAGCUUCAGUCCCUGAAACAGAUGCAGGACACUCCGAGUGAGGGCCAAGUGCAGCCUUCAUUAGGUCCUCAUUUCCACCCAGAGUUGCAAAAACAGGGCCAAGUAGAGACUGAAAUCAGCCAAAGUAAAGCUGGAGUUGAAGAACAAGCAGCUAAUGAGUUACCUGAAAUAAUGGAGCAUCUUCAAAAUGACUACAUGAAGCCUUCUGCAAUGAUCAACCUCUCCCAUGAUCCCUUGCUUUCUCCUUACCAAUCACCCUCUACUUUUCCCAUGGCACCCCCUCUUUUCCCCAAAGCACAUCCAUCCCUGUUGCCUCACAACUCUCCCACUGCUUCUCCCUCCCUCUCACCUUAUCAGUCCCCAUCUGUAUCCCCCAAUCUUCCCUUAUUCUUGCCCAAAGCACAUCCAUCCCUGUUGCCUCACAACUCUCCCACUGCUUCUCCCUCCCUCUCACCUUAUCAGUCCCCAUCUGUAUCCCCCAAUCUUCCCUUAUUCUUGUCACCACGCAACUCACCCAGUAUUUCUCCAUCUCCUUCCCCUCUACCCUUUCCCCCCUCCUCUCCACUAACAGAAGAGGCAGGAUGUACACAUGCUACUUCUUCAGGACUUCAGGAAAAACUAGAAGAGCGAGCAAGCAUGGAUGAAGAUGAUGAUGGUGAGGUAAAGAAUUUGCACAGAAAAAUGAAAGAAGAAAAUGAUGAAGAUUUACAGAUGAAUGCUGCAUUCCAAGAAGAAAUGGAAAACUGCAGCUCUGCCAUUAACCUUAAAGCAGCAGAGACACCUCAUUUACCCCUUAAACAGGCUCAUGGUACAACCCUUUAACUGUAAAUGAAUUUAAUUUGAAAUGGGGCAUUUAUUGGGAUAAUAAACUUAAAACUGAUUUUAACUUGUCCAUUCUUCUAAAUUAAACUAUAGUUAAAUUUCUUUGCAUUCAAGUUUAAAAUAAAUAAUGCAAUGCAUUUGUUAAUUACAAAUUUUGAGCUUUGAGAGG